AUGUACUCCACACGCGCCAUCGUCCGCUCCUCGAGAGCUGUACGCAUCAAUGCUGCACCGCUUCGACGCAAUGCACGAUUCGCAUCCGACAGUGCCACCGGCCAGGCGAGCUCGGCAGCCCAGAGCACAGCUCAAUCGCCGGCGGUCGUCGGUGCCCUGACAGGUCUCGCUGGCGGCAUGGUCGGCUUCUACAUCCUGUACCAGAUGUCGGGCGCAGCGACGGCAGCUCGCACAGCAGGCCAGGUCAAAAGCUAUGUCGACAGUGCCGGCAAUCAGCUCAAGUCCACCUUCCAGGAGAACACUCCGGAUGCUAAUGAGGCUAUCGAGUUCCUGCACGAGACAGCCAACAAGUAUGCUCGCUGGUUACCAGGCGGUCGAGAGUAUACAGACAAGGUCUUCCAGGACAUUGAGAUUAUCCGCAAACGUCAUGGCGAUGAAGUCGAUGAGAUCGUCCGUGAGGCAUAUGGAGAGCUGCGCGACGUCAGCAAGCAGGGCAUGAACCUCCAGACCAUGACAUCAACAUGGGAUGUUCUUUCCAAGCACCUUCAGCGUCUGAUGGCCCUGGCUGGUGACGCCGCCCAAGAUAUCAUGAACAACCACCCACAGCUCAAGGAGAAGCUCGGCGGCUCGUUCGACAACCUGAAGCAGCUCGGUGACCAGCUCGGGCCAGAGGCCAAGAAGCAGGUUGACGAGACGUGGAAGGAGGUCAGCGACAUUGUCAAGGAGGGCAUCAACUUCAGCAGCGCUGAGCGGAUAUACAAGCUCGUACAAGACAAGGAGCAGCAGAUCCGCAAGAUGGGCAAGCAGGCUUUCGACAAGGGGUACGAGACUCUGCAGCCACAGCUUGAGAAGGCACCUCAGGUCAAGAAGUUGGUGGAGGACAACAAGGAUGCCUUGAGCUCUGGUAAUUUCAGCGAGUUAGCAAGUGCCGUCUCUGCUGCUGUCACCUCAGGUAGCACGAUGAACUUGGAGAAGUACAUCAUGAACGCCAAGGAAAAGGCCCAAUCAUCAUUCAGCAGCGGCAGCCUCUCCCAGCUCGUCGGCAUGGUCCCAGGCGGCGGCAAGAUCCUGCCUCAACUCCAGAAGCUGCAGCAAGCCGCUCAACAGCAUGGCGAGGAGGCCGAGCAGCUCGCCAAGGACACGCUUUCGGAGAUUGGCCAGGUUCUCGAGAAGCGGAGCCAGCAGCUCCAGAAUGUGUACGAGAAGGGAAAGAAGACUGCUGAGCAGCAGUAA